AUGGGUGAAAUGGUUUCAUCUGUAUCACCGACGCUUCAAACUCCUCAUUCCUCGCCUCACAAGCAGUCGUCUAGGGCCAAAUUUUACUUGGUUGUUGUUGGAAGACAAUGUGGAGUGUUUGAAAACUGGGCAUAUGUUAGUGCGUUGACCACCAGUAUUUCCGGAAAUUCUCACUGUAGCUUCAACACUCAUGAGGCGUCCCUCCAGAAUUAUUUUGAGGCUAAGAGGUUGGGUUUGGUCAAAGUUUCCAGGUUGCCAGGUGACGAACACAUUUUUGGACCCAUUUCUCAGGCAGUGUUGUAG